GAUUUGACACUGGAAACAAUGGUGCCUCCGGGCUGGAGGCAAAGCAAUGGCGCGAGUGCUAGGCUGGGCGGCAGAGUGCACUAAAGGGGUUUCCGCUUCUGCAGCCUACCUGGAUCUGGCCUGGCGGCAGGCCUUGUGGCAACCCCCACCCCUGGCAGCCGCAGGUGAUGAUUUAAAGCCGGGCUCCUGGAGGCAGGCUGCCCACAUCCUGCGGCGCCCCUGGCUCCGGCUGCGGUGGAUCCAGAACCGGGUUUUGUCACCCGCCCAUAUGUGAAGGCCGCUCCCCAAGUCGCCUAGCGGUUGGACCCAGCUCCAGAUGUCCUCGCUGUGGCUAGGAUCCCGCCUUCCCUUCAAUCUCCUGAUCACCUAACCCCGGGCCGAGCUGCUCUGCCAAGAUGACCCACAGUGCUUACUUCCUGGGGUCUGGGCGAAUUCAGCUCUCCAGAACCAAUCUCCCCUGGGAAACCGAAGCUUCGAAGUCCAGGAGGCGACUUCACCCACACUGGCUUCUGGUCUGCCUUCAGUUCUCCACUUGAGUGGUACCUCCCAGCGGGCGCUCUCCUCACCUACCUAUCCGAAUUCCGAAUUAGCCACUCACUCUCCAUCCCAUCGCUCUGGGUUAAUGCUCAGCGGGGAAUUUGUUUGUUUUUCAAUACAUGGGCAGCAAUUGUCCUUCUUUCUCUUUCUUUCUUUUUCCCUUUAUUUCUUUCUCUUUCUUUCUUUCUUUCUUUCUUCCUUCCUUCCUUUCUCUUUCUUUCUCUUUCUUUCCUUCUUUCUUUCUUUUUAUUGAUUUAAGUAUGAACGACAAGUUCGUUUGGAUAAGAGGGGGUACAGUUCCACACAAUUGCCACCACCAGAGUUCUGUAUCCCUCCAUUGGAAGCUUUCUGUUCUUUAUCUCUCUGGGAGCAUGGACCAAGGAUCAUCAUGGGAUGCAGAAGGUGGAAGGUCUGACUUCUCCACUGGACAUGGGCGUUGGCAGAACCGAGUUCCCCGAACCUAGGAGACGACCAGCAGGGUCACAGCAGGCUGUCAUAUUUGAAUGACUGAACGACCAGUCGCGUCCUUGGAAAAACCUGAUUGCUGUGAAAACCCGGAGCGGCGGCGGCGGAGCCCUACAACAGCGGAGCGGCGCCGCCCCCUCGGCACCUCCGCGACAGCCCUCCGCACCGCGCUGGGCAUGCUCAGUCUGCAGGGCCGCUUCAGCUCUCGGAGUAGGAAGCCUGCGCGCCCCGGCAGUGCCGAGCCGCGGAGGGGGCAACAUGGAGCCCUUCACCAAUGAUCGGCUUCAGCUCCCCAGGAAUAUGAUUGAAAACAGCAUGUUUGAGGAAGAGCCAGAUGUGGUGGAUUUAGCCAAAGAGCCUUGUUUACAUCCUCUUGAGCCAGAUGAAGUGGAAUAUGAGCCCCGAGGUUCCCGACUAUUGGUGCGGGGCCUUGGUGAACAUGAAAUGGAUGAGGAUGAGGAGGACUAUGAGUCAUCUGCAAAGCUACUGGGCAUGUCCUUCAUGAACAGAAGCUCAGGUCUUCGGAACAGUGCAACUGGCUAUAGGCAGAAUCCAGAUGGAGCUUGUUCAGUACCAUCUGCAAGGACCAUGGUGGUCUGUGCUUUUGUUAUUGUGGUUGCUAUUUCUGUAAUCAUGGUGAUUUACCUACUGCCCAGAUGUACCUUUACCAAAGAAGGGUGCCAUAGAAAGAACCAAUCAAUGGGAUUAAUUCAGCCGAUUGCAACAAAUGGAAAAUUAUUUCCAUGGGCACAAUUCAGGCUUCCCACUGCCAUUAUGCCACUACGCUAUGAACUUAACCUACACCCUAACAUAACCUCCAUGACAUUCAAGGGUUCUGUGGUGAUUUCAAUUCAGCCUCUACAGGCCACAUGGAAUAUUAUUCUUCACAGCUCAGGUCAUAAUAUUUCAAGAGUUACCUUUAUGUCAGCAGUUUCAAGCCAAGAAAAACAAGUCGAGGUCCUGGAAUACCCACUUCGUGACCAAAUCGCUAUUGUUGCCCCUGAAGCCCUCCUUGAAGGACACAAUUACACCUUGAAGAUAGAGUAUUCAGCAAAUAUUUCUAGUUCUUACUAUGGGUUUUAUGGCUUCUCCUACAGAGAUGAAAAUGAUGAGAAAAAGUACUUUGCAGCAACUCAGUUUGAACCCAUGGCAGCAAGAUCUGCUUUUCCUUGUUUUGACGAACCAGCAUUUAAAGCCACCUUUGUCAUCAGGAUCAUAAGGGAAGAGCAAUAUACUGCUUUAUCAAAUAUGCCCAAGAAAUCAUCUGUCCCUACUGAAGAUGGACUUGUUCAAGAUGAGUUUUUUGAGAGUGUGAAGAUGAGCACUUACCUGGUUGCUUUCAUUGUGGGGGAGAUGAAGAACCUGAGUCAGGACGUAAAUGGAACUCUGGUUUCUAUAUAUGCUGUGCCAGAAAAAAUUGGUCAGGUUCAACAUGCUUUGGAUACAGCUGUGAAACUUCUUGAGUUUUUUGAAAACUACUUUGAAAUUGAAUAUCCGCUUAAGAAAUUAGAUUUGGUGGCUAUUCCUGACUUUGAAGCAGGAGCGAUGGAAAAUUGGGGUUUGCUGACUUUCCGAGAAGAGACUCUUCUGUGUGACAACUGUACGUCUUCAGUGGCUGACAGAAAAGUAAUUUCUAAAGUCAUCGCUCAUGAGCUCUCCCAUCAGUGGUUUGGUAAUCUGGUAACAAUGAAAUGGUGGAAUGAUUUAUGGCUAAAUGAAGGUUUUGCUACAUUUAUGGAGUAUUUUGCUUUGGAAAAAAUAUUCAAAGAUCUUUCCAGUUAUGAAGACUUCUUAGAUGCUCAAUUUAAAACCAUGAAGAAAGAUUCCCUGAAUUCAUCUCAUCCAAUAUCAUCAUCUGUUCAGUCUUCAGAACAAAUUGAAGAAAUGUUUGAUUCUCUUUCCUAUUUUAAGGGAGCUUCUCUUUUGUUGAUGCUGAAAACUUACUUUAGUGAAGAUAUAUUUCAACAUGCUAUUUUGCUUUACCUACACAAUCACAGCUAUGGAUCCAUUCAGAAUGAUGAUUUGUGGGAUAGUUUUAAUGAGAUCACAAACAAAACACUGGAUGUAAAGAAAAUGAUGAAAACCUGGACACUGCAGAAAGGAUUUCCUUUAGUGACUGUUCAAAGAAAUGGAAAGGAACUUCUUGUACAACAGGAAAGAUUCUUUUUAAAUAUAAAACCUGAUGUUCAGCCUCCAGAUACAAGCUAUUUGUGGCAUAUUCCGCUGUCCUACUUCAGUGGGGGAAGAAACUAUUCAAACUACCAAUCGGUGUCAUUACUGGACAAGAAGACAGGUGUCAUCAAUCUUACAGAAGAAGCCCAGUGGAUCAAACUGAAUGUGCAUAUGAGCGGCUAUUACAUUGUACACUAUGCAGGUGAUGGCUGGGACACGCUAAUCAAACAGCUGAAAAUAAACCCCACUGUUCUGAGUGACAAAGACCGAGCCAGCCUCAUCAACAACAUCUUUGAACUCGCAAGCCUAGGCAAAGUGCCUCUUCAAAAGGCAUUUGAUUUGAUCGAUUAUCUUAGAAAUGAGAAUUGUAGUGCACCCAUCAAUGAAGCCCUGUUCCAGACUGGACUCAUCUAUAAUCUCCUUGAAAAACUAGGACACAUGGAUCUGGCCUCAAGACUAGUGACCAGAAUAUUUAAAUUACUUCAAAAUCAAAUCCAACAGCAAACUUGGACUGAUGAGGGCACUCCAUCUGCUCGAGAGCUUCGGUCAGUCUUGCUAGAAUUUGCUUGCACCCACAACCUAGACAACUGCAGCACUGUUGCCAAGAAGUUGUUUGAUGACUGGAAGGCUUCCAAUGGAACUCAGAGCCUAUCCACUGAUGUCAUGACUACUGUGUUCAAAGUUGGAGCAAAAACCGAGAGUGGCUGGUCAUUCCUUUUAAGCAAAUACAUCUCUGAAGGAUCAGAAUCAGAAAAGAACAAAAUACUUGAAGCUCUUGCCAGCUCUGAGGAUGUAUGGAAACUUUACUGGUUAAUGAAAAAUAGCCUCAGUGGAGAUAUGAUUCGAACACAAAAGCUGUCAUCUAUCAUUAGAACAGUGGGCCAGCGUCUUCCUGGACAUUUACUGGCAUGGGAUUUUGUCAAAGAGAAUUGGAAUAAACUUGUACAGAAGUUCCAUUUGGGGUCUUAUACCAUACAAAGUAUUGUUGCUGGAUCAACACACCUGUUUUCAACAGAAGCACAUCUGUCUGAGGUUCGGUCAUUUUUUGAAAAUCAGUCAGAGGCAACCUUUCGACUACACUGUGUACAGGAGGCUUUGGAAGUGAUUCAGCUGAACAUCCAGUGGAUGGAGAAGAACCUUCAAACUAUGACAAAGUGGCUAUAGCAUGCAGGACUGCUCCUCAUUUUGUUGCCCAUUCAGAGAGCUUAACUUGGGCUUUGCUGCUCUUUGCAAAAAAAAAAAAAAAAAAAAGGCCAAAACGAAACCCAGGAUUGCUGUCAAGUUGUUUGCACUCUUAGGUGUUCUAGUUAGCUCAGGGCCAUCUGUCUUUUUCAUCUGUCUUUUUCUGAAUUAUCUUUGGGAAGUAUGUAGUUAUUUAUUACAAAAAGUAUAUUCACUUAUAUGCCAACCAUCUACAUCUUAAGAUACACAUAUGGAAGAAAAAAAAAAAUCUGUUUUGGGCAUUCUGUUCUCCUUUUCAGCAUCUGGAAAAUACUGACACAGUGAAACAAGGAAAAAAGUAUCAAUCACAGGAGCCACCAUCUUUGCAAGCUGCCAGUUUGUCAGCCAUCUGUCACUUCUUAUUGUGAGGUGUUGUGUGAAUGUGGUGCAAGGUUAUCUUCAAAAAGUGUGGCAGAGAAUUUGGCGAAGCAUGAAACCAGACAGAACUGAACUCAGGUGUGCAGAUCUACUUUGAUGAAUCCUGAAUUUUCUGGAAAAUCUUUAAAUAAGAUCUGUCACUAUUAGAUUUUUGUUUUCUGCACAAUAGCCAGGUGCUACAGAAUUUUAAAACUUUGGUUCUGUUGGGAAGCUAAGUAAUAAGGUCAAAAGAUUAAAUUUUCCAAGUAUUUAAUAGUUUAUUCUCUUACAGCAUUUCCAUACCAAAAGUUUCAAACUGAGACUGAUUAUUUUAUCCAUGGAUUCCAAUGUUGUCUGAUUCUGUACACCUCUGUCUGCUAUAGAUUGAUCUUUUGUUAUAAGUGACUCAUGUCUACAUUUAUAGCAGGUAUUUUGUUAAUGCUGGUAUCUUUUAUCAUGACUUUAUCACUGUUACAAAGAAUAACAGUUGUUUCAGUUGUCUUGUGGCAUGACCUAUCACAGGUGUUUUUUUUUUUUCCUCUCAGAAUCAUAUCCUUGGAUAGAUUUUCAUUUUAUAUGAUAAAGCAACAUAUUUUAAAGUAGGGCAUUUGAAAAAAAAAUUGAACAUUUCUCUUGGAAGUUCACCGUUAUACCUUAAAGGAAUAAAGAGAACAUGGAAUCAGAGUCAGGUUGAUUUGAUUCAGGUUAAUAUGGUGGGCUUUGAAUUUUUCUUUACUGUCAAAAAAUUAUUUUCUAUAGUUAAAAAAAAUCAGUUUUCUUUCAUCAUAGCCAGAAUAACAAGACUAAAAGGAAUGACCAAGGAAAUAAAGAAAGGAAAAUGGGAGAAGAUACACAGAAUGGUAUGACAUUCGUAUUCCUUUAAAAGGAGAAAUAUUGUACUUGAAUUUUUUGAGCUAUGCAGACUUUUACCUAGAUUGUUGUUUCUUUGAUUCUUAGGAGAAAAAAUUUUUUCCUAUUGAUCUGUAAGUACUUUAUAUUUUGUUUGGAAACAUCUUUUGUGUACACGAAAGAGUAGUUACUUACUUGUGAGCACUUAAAAUACUCAAUAGAACUAGACAAUGGGAAAGGUCACCUUUUAUAUCCAUCAGGUGUUAAGUAAGAAUAUAUGGGUUUGUGUAUAAAAUUAUAUUUUAUUUUAUAAAAAUAUUUUUAUAUAGCAAAGUUUAAAAGACUACCAAGUUAAAAGAUAACUUUCUCUAAUCCCUGUGUGUUUUCCCCCAAUUUAGUCUUUUCUAAACAAUGUUUAUCUCUCUGUUUUGGAAAAUAUUAUGUCCUGAGAAUCACAGAACUGUCCAAGGAUGUCUUAUGAAACAGGGAUGAUGAUAAGUCUUUAUUCUGCAUGUGGUUCAGUAAAUGAAUGAUGGUUCAGUUGAUAUUGAAAGUUGGUAUGCUUUUAUAUUGAUAUUUUUAGAAUGGGGAAAUACUAAACUUUUGGAGGGGUUUUUUUGUCGCUAGUUUUAUCACCAUGUUAGAUUGCUAAAUUCUACUUUGAUACAGAGUUUAAAUUUUGCUACUUCUCAAAAUCAGUUUGGAUUCUUGCUUUACCUUCCCAUCUUUUCAUUUCUCCUACACUAUAUGCUAUGUCUCAUAUAACAAAAUCUUUUCUUGAGUUUUAUUUCCCUAUGAGUGUGUGUGGGGUAAAGUAAGGGCUGUUG